AGAACAGGCCUGGCUGCACAGACCGGAGACAGACAGACUCCGAACUGCUGGCGACCUGUGCUCCGGGGACCUACGCGCACAUCCUGCUGCCGUCGCUGGAUCCUCGUGUUUCCAGAGCGCAAAAGGAGAAGGAACGUGAAGGUCCUGCCUUUGGAUCCCAAGCUGAAACGUUCUUCCUUACAGCCAUUAGUCCAGCAUGUUUCUCUUUAAUAACACAAGCCUGAAGGUGUAGCUGGAACUCAACCUUCCGCAUAGCUCAAUUAAGGACUUCUGGAGGUCCCUGGACCCACAUUGGAAAACAGCAAUCAGCAAGUGACUUGGCGAAGACUUGGCGUUGGACCCUGAGGGCAGCUGCUGCCUCUCUCUCAAACCUCCUCCUGUCUGUUGACAGUUUUGUCAUGGCGUCCUCCUUGAUCAGCCGUCAGUUUGCUCUCUCUCUGCAGAAAAACUUGUGGCUCAGUGCUCCAGCGUGCAGAUAUGUCAGCAAGGCAGCACCACAGACCCAGGUGGAGUUUGACUACGAUGGACCCUCCAUGAAAACCUCAGUCCCUGGCCCGCGAUCACAAGAGCUGACGAAACAACUGGGAGAAAUCCAGAAUGUUGGAGCAGUCCACUUCUUCUGUAACUAUGAGGAGAGCAGGGGGAACUACUUGGUGGAUGUGGACGGCAACCGCAUGCUGGAUAUCUACACCCAGAUCUCCUCCAUCCCAAUUGGCUACAACCACCCUGCUCUCCUCAAACUGAUGGCCAAUCCCAACAAUCUGAGUACACUUGUGAACCGACCCGCCCUGGGAAUCUUACCGCCUGAGAACUUCCCAGACAAACUCACUGAAAGUCUUCUCUCAGUGGCUCCCACUGGAAUGAGCCGUGUUCAGACGAUGGCCUGUGGCUCCUGCUCCAAUGAGAAUGCUUUCAAAGCAAUGUUUAUCUGGUACAGGAACAAGGAGCGAGGCCACAACACACCAUCUGACGAAGACCUCAGCAGCUGCAUGAUAAACCAGGCUCCAGGGUGUCCAGACCUCAGUAUUUUAUCUUUCAUGGGAGGAUUCCAUGGAAGGACCAUGGGUUGCUUGGCAACGACACACUCCAAAGCAAUCCACAAGCUGGAUGUGCCGUCAUUAGACUGGCCGAUCGCCCCGUUCCCUAGACUGCAGUACCCACUGGAGGAAUUUACCAGAGAGAACGCACAGGAAGAGGCUCGCUGCCUGGAGGAGGUGGAGGAUCUGAUCAUUAAGUGGAGGCAGAAGGGGAAGCCUGUGGCAGGGAUUGUAAUUGAACCAAUCCAGGCUGAAGGUGGAGAUAACCACGCCUCCCCAGACUUCUUCAGAAGUCUCCGCAACAUUGCACGCAAGCAUGGCUGUGCUUUCCACGUGGAUGAGGUCCAGACUGGUGGAGGGUCCACAGGGAAGUUUUGGGCCCAUGAGCACUGGGGCAUGGACGACCCUGCUGACAUUGUCUCCUUCAGCAAGAAGCUUCUGACCGGUGGCUUCUUCCACAAGGACGAAUUCCAGGCUGAUAAGCCAUACCGUAUAUUUAACACAUGGAUGGGUGACCCAUCAAAGAACUUGCUACUGGCUGAGGUCCUCAAUGUGAUUCACAGAGAAAACCUUCUGGAGGAGGUGACCCGCUCUGGGAAAGCCUUGCUAAACGGCCUUUAUGAGCUACAGGCUCAGUACCCCGGCAUAUUGAGCCGAGCUCGAGGUCAGGGAACCUUCUGUGCCAUUGAUAUCUGCGAUGAUGCAACACGCAACGACAUCCUGCUCAAGACCAGAGACAAAGGUGUCCUCCUGGGAGGGUGCGGGGACCGGUCAAUUCGUUUCCGUCCAGCCCUGAUUUUCAAGGAGUACCAUGUUCACAUCUUCCUCAACAUCUUGAAUGACGUGUUGGCACAGCACAAAUAAAUCAUGACCCUGAAGGACCCUGACUGACACUACAUGAGCCUGAGUUAAUCCAGAGAGGAGGGAGGGAAACUCCAGACAGUCACAAUAAGCACAAUCCACAUGAUAACUCACACAGAAAUCCCUUAUAUUACCUCUGUCAGGGCCAGUUGAGUUAAUACCAGUGAAGACUGACCAAUCUUUGUCUCCUUAGCCAGAAAUGAUAAUGAUGAAAGCCUCUUGCUUUUGCUGCCAUAAAGAUGUACCCAGAAAACCAUUCAGAACAGGUGCCAGUGGAUACUGUCGCACUGAGAAUUUCAUUGUUCAUGUUUCCGUAAAGUAAAUCUCUCAAACUCCCGAAUCGUCCUCAUCUCGAUUCAUGUUGUUACAUGUAGUCUGACCCUACUAGUCGUACUCUGGAGGAAGUCAUGACAGAUUGUCCGUCGCCUUCUGUUUCACACCCUCUACUGCCUGAGAGUCAGAGGUCUGGAACAAGGCUAAAAGUGUGGAUCGGUUCCUUUUAACGGGUAGCACAGCGUUAGCUAAAUGUAAAUAAGGUGUUGAAGAUCCCAACUUUUAAUUAACCUCACUUAAUGGCUCAGUACAAACUCCUGCGUACAGCUUCUUUUAGUGCUCAUAUGUCGGCAUCAUCCCACCGCCUGACUCACAGUCACUGAAGUGAUUGUAGUUGGCCUUUAUGUUCGUUUUAAAAAGGCAGACGUAUCAGUGGUGACUCUCUGUACGAACACACAAUGAAGCUAAGAUGCCAGCCUGCAUGUCAUUAGAAAUGUCCUUGUUAUGAUUCUGACUGUUGUAUUGCUGUUAAUAGGAAUGACUUUUCAGCUUGAAAUGUUGUAGCCCAGAAAAGUUUUAAUCAUAUAUGGACCACAAAAGUGUCAUAGAUGACUUAGUGCCUGCAUGUCACACAAAUGUGCAAUUUCUUUCUUUUUCUUUUUAUGGGAAUUUUAAUUAAACAACAAAUCUGAACACAUUCACUUUACUCUUGAACAAGAGCUUCAUAUCAGUUGCCAUUUUUGUUUCUCAUUCACUUCACAUUUAACGCCUCUGAUUUGUGACAGAAUUAAGCAUAGAGUGGAAGUGGACAUUUCCAGUUUGCUUUUUCAAGUUGUUUCGGAGGUGUUGAUGAAUGUUUGUGAUAUACAUUACAGGGGCCCCUAAGGACAAAACAUAUGUAAAAAAAGCAUUGAGAAUCUUGAGUUGUUAUAACAGGUAGCCACUCUGGCUCAUUACUAGCCCUGUUAGGAACUGCCUCAUCCACUGAAAACACACUUUAAAAACACUUCCGAUGAAGCCUAAAUCUCACCUUGUGUCACUUGUCCAAGUAAGCAUUAAAGUGUGGAGCGCCUCAUUGUUGGGCGCUAAGCCUUAAUGGGCUCAUUACUACCCCCUGAGGCCAAAGGGUGCCACUGGUACUUAAUGAAACAGCAGUUGUAGUGGGGUUUUUUGCCCUUGAGGAACAACAAGGAGCCCAUUCCACUGUCAAAAGCAAACUUUGACAAGCUACACAAAAGUGAGAUUUAUGCUUUAUCAAAGUGUUUUCAGACUGUAUUUUUUGAGAAAAGGCUUCAAGGAUGAAGCUGGUUGGUUUAGCAAAUGUAUGUCUGGUUAACUUCCUUACCUCCGAUGCCCAGUCUCCCAUGCAGUGGAUGAGACGGACCCAAACAGGGCUGGGUUGUUACCAAACUGUAGGUUGCUGUAGCUUUAAGCACAGGUCUGUCGAACAGGGUGGUCUAUAAACACGUGGGAUCAUGAGUAAUACAUACAGUCUUAAACAACUUCACAACUUUUAUAAAUACUUGUGGAAUUGUCAUUUUUAUUUUGUAAAUUUGCUCAAGCUGAUGGUCUCCUGAUUCUGAACACCUCAGACCUUCAUCAGUGUCUGUGAAUGUUCCACGGAGCUUUUAGGCAAGUGUUAGGAAUGUGUAGCAGAAAGUGUUACCACAUUCAUUUCUUCCUUUCUGAUUAUGAACUUACUACAAUCUAAUCUAAAUAUACAUAUGAAUAUAUUUACGUCUUUUUACAUUCAUGUUGCAGAAAUAAACCCUAAUGUAAAGUAUGUGUUACAGUUUGUUGCAUAUGAAGUACACUCAGUCUAACAUAUACAUGAAGAUUUAAUGAAGUAAGCAGGGUCGGGUGGUACAGUGUCGAGGUUGAGCAAUACGAUGGUGAUGAUGACAAACCAUGCCCGUCUCCUUGUCGGUGUCCAUGAUGACCUUUAAACAUUUUUGACAUUAACUAUUUGCACUUGUGAUCCGAGGUAGAUCAUUGUUGAUGUAAGUUAAUUAGAUGGCUCUAACUGUUCAUGUACUGUGAUAAAUAAAUGCAGUUUUG